AUGUUCCUGUUUCCAUGCCUCCCUCUCCUUCUACUUUGUGUGAUGACAGCAUCCUUCUCAGAAACAAAAGCCUGUGAGGAUGCCCAGAAGACCUGCUCAGUGGUUACCUGUGCCAUUCUGGUCACCAACGGCACCCCAGGCAGAGAUGGGAGAGAUGGGCCAAAGGGAGAGAAGGGAGAACCAGGCCAAGGGCUCAGAGGCUUGCAGGGCCCUCAUGGGAAAUUGGGGCCUCUGGGAAGUACAGGGAGCCCUGGGGUUCCAGGACCAAAGGGCCAAAAAGGAGAUCGUGGUUACAGUUUGGUUUCUGAGAACAGACUGGAUGACUUAGAGAGAGAAAUAAGGAUCCUGAAAUCAGAACUGGACCACAUCAAAAAGUUGCAAACUUUCUCCUUGGGGAAAAAGUCUGGGAAGAAGCUCUAUGUGACCAAUGGUGAAAAGAUGCCCUUUUCCAAAGUGAAAGCUCUGUGCACCCAGCUCCAGGCCACUGUGGCCACCCCCAAGAAUGCUGAGGAGAACAAUGCCAUCCAGGAAGUAGCCAAAGACAAUGCCUUCCUGGGCAUCACAGAUGAGGUGGCUGAAGGGCAGUUCAUGUAUGUGACAGGAGGGAGGCUGGCCUACAGCAACUGGAAGAAGGAUGAGCCUAAUAAUUAUGGCUUGGGGGAGGAUUGUGUGAUCCUGCUGAAGGACGGGCUUUGGAAUGACAUCUCCUACUCCUCUUCCUUCCUAGUAGUCUGUGAGUUCCCAGCCUGA